AUGCUGGUUUGCGGUGUUUUGUUUGGCGCUACCCCCAGUUAUGCGAUUGGUACCGACGCUGGUGUCAAUAUCUCCAACACCGCAACUGCCACGUUUUCAGUCAAUGGUGCAGCCCAGACCCAGGUUAACAGCAACACGGUGCAGACCAUCGUUGAUGAAUUGCUCGACGUAGUUGUUGUUGAUGACAACAGUGGAGCCGUUGCAGUGGGCGCUGGCGCCACGGGCGCGAUUCUUCAGUUUACCGUUACCAAUAAUGGCAACGGUAACGAGGUGUAUCGAAUCAUCGCCGAUGCUGAUGUGAACGAAGGAGGGUUCAACCCGCUUCUCAACCAGCUGUACAUCGAAAGUAAUGGCAUACCCGGAUUACAAGUUGGUGGGGAUACCCCUUAUGUCCCUGGCAGCGCGGACCCACUGAUUGCUGAAGACAGUACGCUGAUCCUGUACGUGCAGUCCGACAUGCCGGCUGGCCUGGUUCAAGGUGACAACGGCGACAUCCAGAUUCGAGCGAUUGCUCAGACCAUCCUUGAUGCAACAGGCGGUUUAGACAACCCGGACGAUCCACUCUGGCCGAUUCCCGGUACCAGUUACGCCACCCUUGGCGACGGCGGUGGCACGGCGGUGGUAGGUACCUCUGCAGAUAUCAAUGCGCUUCUGCUGCGCACACAAGGUCGCUAUCAGGUAAGCGAAGCGGUGCUCUCGAUCGACAAAACCGCAGUCAGCGUAGUGGAUCCGUUUGGCGGCACCACCAUCGUGCCGGGUUCGGUGAUUACUUAUGAAUUAACCCUUCGCGUUGUCGGUAGCGGUAUUGCGCAAGCGGUGCAGGUCAGCGAUGUGCUGCCUGCUGAACUCGAAUACCAGCCGGACACCCUUACCGUGGCAGGUGUUGCGGAAGACGAUGAUUUUGCGCCAACGGGCGUUGAUAACUCUGGCUUUGAUGCUGCCAACAGCACGCUGCUGGUCGAAACCGGUGAUGUCGCAGGUGGCGCUGCUGACAUCGUUAUUAGAUUUGAUGUACAGCUGGACAACACAAUAAAAAAGGUUGAAACCUUUGUUAACGCAGACGGUGAUGUGGAACGCCGCCUGGUCGACGCGAAUAGUGUCGUGCCCGGAGACGAGCUGCAGUACACCGUGCGUUUCACCAACAACGGAUCCCAAUCGGUGGACGCCGGUUCCAUAGUCAUAACUGACGUGGUGCCAGCUCACACUGAAUAUCUGGAUGGCACUGCCUUUGGGGCAGGUACACAGAUCUGGUACUCCGUUGAUGGCGAGAUGUAUGCACCACCGACCGAGCUCACCGUUGUCAAUGAUGGCGUCGAGAUGCUGGCGUCGGCAAAAGAUUAUCGCUCCAUUCGCUGGACCUUUGCGCCAGCGCUUGAUCCAGGUGAUAGAUUGGGAAUCAGUCUGUCUGCGUGGGCGGAUGGUACUGACUCAGGAACUUCGGUCACUAACGAUGUGCAGAUGACCUUCACGGUCGGCGCUACCGCGCAGACGGCAUCAUCCGAUGUGACCUUUGUUGUGGACCGUAAGCUGCGGCUUGAUGUUGGUACGCCUAACGGCAACUGGGUCAGCGCCGUACCAGGGCAGGCGGGUUUAACCGCUUCCUCUGUACAGUUUUCAGUGGUCAACAACUCUAAUGACAGCGUCGACGUUGUCAUCGCUCUGAUCGAUCAGGGCGCUUUGGAUAUCGACGGCUAUGAUCCAGCCGCGGCAUCUCCUAUAACACUUACCGGCUUAACCGUCUGGGAAGAUACCAACGCUAAUGGCGUGCUUGAUGGCGGUGAAAACGUCUUAGGUUCAGCCACAGGUGUUUACACCCUGACAGGCACUUUUGCCGAAGAUGAAGAACGCACAAUCUCUGUGAGCGUUGAUGUCGACGGUGCAGCUGUUGCCGAGCAAUACCAGACCUAUACCCUGGUUGCAGCAGUGGCUGACACCGGCGUAGUCAUAGCCAACGACGACAGCUCCAACGAAAGCCCCGGUGUGGCUGACGUACCUGCUGCGUUGAACGAUCUGGCUACGGUUGAAGUUGUAUUUGCUGAUGACGGCAGUACUUUUGCUGAAGACGAAGGUUUCAACUUUGUGACCGGUCCCGCAGCCACAGGUGCAUCCGAUGGCGAGAACGAUGGUCAGUCUUCCAAUGCUGCGGGUUUCCGCACCGUGGGUGUUCUGGGUAUCGUGAAAUACGUUGAGGUUUUGUGGGACCCAAUUUCCGGCAACCAGUACUUAGGUGCUGGAAACACCACGACAGGCAACGAGCCUAAGUCGAUUCCAGGUGCUGUUCUGAUGUAUGUCAUCGGUGUCAGCAAUCAGUCUGCGCUGGCCGCAACCGGUGUUGUGAUUACAGACAACGUACCUGCAGGUGCCGCCGAACCACUGCAACUGGGUAACUCCGGUGCCGUAGCUGGCAUUGAACUGCCUGACACGGUUACCGUCGACAUUGAUGGUAUUCCGGUUGUGCUGGAUCUUGAUAACACAGGCGUUGCCGUAGACGAUCUUGUUUACGUACGUGAGUGUUCUUUAGUUGCUACCGACUCGGUAAACGCUGGUGUCGCAUUCGCUGCUGAUCCAAGUGAGGUUAACGCCUCCAUGGGUGCAAGCUGUGAUGGUGGUGCAACCGGGUACAUAGUCUACUUUGCAACUGUAGACGACACCGCGUGGUUGGCGAUGCUGUUUUUCAGCAUAACUUGUCUUCCGCUCUGGGCGAUUCCGCCCGAUACACCAGUCACCAACACGGCGAUAGCCGGUUAUCAGGUGAGUGGUGCAGAUUUUUCCGCAAGCGGCAGCGCUACUGUGCGCACCGAUCCCGCCGCAGGCAACAGCCCGCCGUUUGCAUUGACCUUGGAACCGGCCGCUGUGCCGGAGAAUGUCGCCGGUGCUGUGGUCGGCACAAUUGCAGUAGCUGAUCCGGAUCCAGAUGACAUUCACGUGAUUGUGGUGAAUGACCCAAGAUUUAUUGUUGUGGGCACCUCGCUGCAACUGGCUGCUGACGUGGCGCUGGAUUUUGAAACAACCACAACGGUAACGGUUGAGAUCACUGUGACCGAUCCUGAAGGUGCAAGCUACACCCAACAGCUGGACAUCGUGGUGCUGGAUGUUAAUGAAGCGCCUGAGUCAAUCAGCCUGUCAUCCAAUAGCUUUGUCGCCGGGCAGCCCGGAGCCGAUGUAGGCAUCUUCCAGGUCGCUGAUCCGGAUGCAAACGACAGCCAUAUAUUUGCAGUGGACGAUCCCCGAUUUGAAGUGAUCGACGGUACUUUAAAACUACGUGAUGAUGUCAGCUUACCGUUGGGUACAACUGUUGAGGUUAUGGUCACUGCAACUGACAGUGGCGGCCUGAACUAUACCCAGACCUUCACGCUCACUGCGACACCGCCUGGUGGUGGCAGCGGUGAAAAUGCUUCGAUCACUGCACUGCAACUUGCCACCGGCGCCGACGCAGCACAACUCCAGUCGGUAAACCCGACCAGUUGUGUCGCCGGCGGAGGUCUUUCACCCUUGCCCGCGCCCAUAAGCCUGGCAGGCGGUAGCCUGCAGGUACCAGGCAGUGGAGAGUUUCUCCCCACAAGUGUCAUGAAAUCUGCAGACGUGCUGUUUGUGCAGGUUGCAGACCCGGAGGCUAAUGCUGACCCGCUGGCUUUGGAUCAGGUGCUGGUGCGGUUACGCACUCCGGCAUUAGAUGAGGAGAUCAUUACUGUUUCUGAGACGGGGGUGGAUACAGGCAUUUUUGUCGGUUAUCUGCAAACCAGCCGAUCCGUCGCAAUAGUUGAAAACUGUGUUCUGGAAGUCUUGUCAGGUACAACUGUAUCGUUGGCUUAUGUUGAUGAUGAUGUUGAUCUGGCAACCAUUGAUAUCCUGGUUGAUCCAUUUGGUCGUGUAUUCGAUAGUGCCAGCGGUACGCUGAUUAAUGGUGCAACUAUUACGCUUCUGGACGCGCUCACCAAUCAACCCGCGCAGGUUUUUGCUGACGACGGUGUGACUGGUUUCCCUGCUACACAGGUCAGUGGAGAUCAGUUCUAUGAUAAUGAUCGCGGCGCCUACCGUUUUCCAUUUGUGCGGCCUGGAGAAUAUCUUCUGCAGGUUGUGCCGCCUAAUCGUUUUGCAUUCCCAACAUCUUCUACGGAUGCACAGCUACAGGUUCUACCCGGUGCGCCGUAUGCCUUAGGCUCCGGCUCGCGGGGCCAGAGCUUUAUUGUGCCUGUGGGUCCUGCCGUGCAGGUAGAUAUCCCACUGGAUCUGCAGCCGGUUACGCCGACCAGCAGCAGUAUUGCUGUAUUCGCCGGACUUACGCCCAAUGGCAAUAGUGAGUCUGUUCAGGUUGCGCCAACGGCCUGUUUUGAUGGCAGUGGUUUUUCGAGUCUUGCGGAUCCGAUCACACUUGCCCAGGGUGCAUUGUCGGUUCCAGCGAACCUUACCCUGACACCCGUAGACCGGCUUGCGCGCAAUGAUGCACUGUUCAUUUCAGUGGUUGAUCCGGACCAGGAUCAGAAUCCUUUUGCGCCUGAUCAAAUCAUCGUUGAGGUGCAGAUUGCGGGCACGUCUGAGCGUGAAACUCUGCAGCUGUCUGAAACGAAUGAUUCUACCGGCGUGUUUGUCGGGUAUCUGCAAACUGCGGGUACCUCGACUGCGCCUGCAAAUUGUCAGCUGGAGGCAGCGCCGGGUGCAUCGAUCCUGGUCAGUUACCAGGAUGCAACUGACAACACCGACACCGCAUCUGCCGACCUUGCCUACGAUCCGGGUUUCAGCAUGAUUUCCAGUGCCACCGGUGAGGUGGUUUCGGGUGCAAGCGUCACCUUAAUAGACGUCAACACCGGGCUUGCGGCCGAAGAUGCUAUUUUUGGUGCAGAUGGCGUCAGUGCUUUUCCAGCCACCGUUGUUGUCGGUGGUGAGGUUACCGACGCCAGCGGUGAACGCGUUGACUUUGCACCAGGCACUUUCUAUUUUCCGGUGAUUCUGCCGGGUGAAUACCGACUGGAAGUCACCCCGCCGGUUUCCUUUACAUUUCCCUCGCUGCUCGAUAAUGCGGCGUUAAAUCUCCUGCCUGGUGGACCAUUUAACCUCGACCAGGGUUCGCGGGGAGAGACGUUUACCGUUGCCGCCGGUGUGCCGGCAGGGUUUGACCUGCCGUUGGAUCCGAUAUCCGCAGAGGUAUUUGUCACCAAACAAGCGAGCAAACAGACUGCAGCCGUGGGCGACUUUGUGCAGUAUCAGAUCCAGGUUGAAAACGCUGACGCCAGCGGCACGGUGUCGGAUAUGGUCUUGUCUGACCAGUUACCCCUUGGUUUUCGCUAUGUGCCGGGUUCACUGAAAGUUACUGGCAUAGAUGAAUCUGAGCCCGAGUUAUCCAGUGAUGGUGAACAGUUUGACCUGCGCCUGGGCGAUUUGGCAGCGGGCAGCACCAUUGCACUGCGUUAUGUGGUUGAAAUUACCGCCGGUGCCAAGCUGGGACCUGCACGUAACCGAGCAAGCGUUACAGGCACCGGUAUAGGGCAGGCGAAUGUUGCGUUUGCCGAUGUCGAGGUGCAGGAAGAUUUGUUGCGGAGCAAAGCAAUCCUUAUUGGUCAAGUGUACGCAAACGGCUGUCCUGCUGGCGACGCCGCGGCCUCAGAUCAGGUGGGUGCGCAAGGUUUGGCGGAUGUUCGGAUCUGGCUGGAAGAUGGCACCUUCGUUGUCACCGAUAUUGACGGUAAAUAUCACCUUGAGGGUAUAGAGCCUGGUACCCACGUAGUGGCGCUGGACACUGCAACGUUACCCGGUAGCCAUGAACUGGUGUUGUGCGAAGACAAUACCCGGUUUGCCGGCAAUCCAGGUUCGCAGUUUGUCGACGUGCAGGGUGGCACCCUGUGGCGUGCAGAUUUUUAUACAGCGCCUAAACCAGAUCAGAGCAGUGAAAUUGUCAGCCGACUGGAUGCCCAGGCUGAUGAUGGCAAAGUGACAUAUACCUAUUGGAUCAAAGGCGGCGCUGUGCCGCUGCAGAAUCUGCGCACUACUAUCAUGCUGGCAGACCAGUUGGCGUAUAUAGAAGGUAGUGCAAAACUGAAUGGUCAGCCGAUAGGCGAUCCCAGCGGUCUGGGUAUGGGUGCGCCGACGUUCAAGCUGCCGGACACAGCGGACCAUUUUAAUUAUGCACUGACCUUUGAAACCUUUGUGAAGACACCUAAGGGUCAUAUCGUCUCCAAAGCAGUGUCGCAAUUUGCUACCCGACAGGGACAGCACCGCAUUGACGUGAGUCAGAAUGAGCUGAGCCUGAAUUGGCCUGCAUCGCUGGUGAUGAUUGCUGAAUCUGUAACCGCCUCCAGUGACAGAGCAUUGCGCGUAGCCCGGCAGAGCAACUCCAAACGGUUGCGUGAAAUCGCGCCGGCUAACGAUUCUAUUGAACCGGUAGUAGCCAUAGCCUCUGAGGUAAUGGAGCCCUCACGGGGGUCCAAUUACACCCGUGGUAACGUCGCUAAGAAGCAGGUGUCAGUGCGCCAUGAUGGCGUGCGAAGUGCGCCGUACGAAUUACCCGAGCAGGAUCGCGGUGAAGCACCUGCGUUCAACCUGAGCUGGCUUUCUCAGAAUCCCACAGCCCAGGGGAUUGUCUGGCCGCCAGAAAACUACAAUCCGGUGUUGCCGGCUAUAGAAGUUGCCGUAGCCCACGCAAAAUCGUUAAAAGCGGUUUUGCUGGUGGAUGGCAAAAUUGUUAAUCCUGUGACCUACGAAGGUACAGCGACGGAUCAUGCUGCUGGCGUGAGUUUGUCGCGCUGGGAUAACGUUACUAUUUCUGAGCACGAUAGCGUGAUCGAAGCUCAGUUGCUCAACAGCGAAGGCGACAUCGUCGAGCGCCAUUCCCGCAGCACCCAUUUCAGCGGUGCGCCCGCUCGCGCAGAGUGGGUCAAAGAAGAGUCGUACCUGGUUGCCGAUGGUUUGUAUCCGCCUGUGAUAGCGGUGCGUUUGUUCGACCGGGAAGGCUACCCGUUGCGUCCGGGCACCACUGGCGAGUUUUUCGUUUCAGCACCCUUUAUGGCGCUGGAUAAAGCCAAGCAUCUGGAGGCGAUGGAUAACAAAUUCAACAACCAGCGUUACCAGGUUUUGCGUGACGGUAUCGCCUAUAUUCAGCUGGAGCCGACAACCUCCACCGGAGAGGUAGAGAUCAAGUUUCAGUUUGACCCUGUGCGCAGUGACAAAGUCCGCGCACGAAUGAUUCCGGGAAACCGCGACUGGAUAAUGGUGGGUCUGCUGGAAGGCACCUAUGCGCAAAACGAUCUGUCCGGCAAUCUGAAGUCGUUGGGUAAACAGAAUCUCGAAGAUGAAUCUCUUACCGAUGGCCGCAUGGCGUUUUACGGCAAGGGUAUGGUGCGCGGCGACUGGUUGCUCACGGUGGCGUAUGACACCGACAAGAAAUUUGAACGUGAGCUGCGUGAGCAGAUUGAUCCCAACCAGUUUUAUACCCUUUACGGAGACGGCACCGAACAGCUGUUUGAUGCGCAAAGCCAACGCAAACUUUACUUAAAGCUGGAGCGUGCUCGCUUCGCGGCACUGUUUGGCGACUUUGAUACCAAUUUUGAACGCUCAGAGCUGGCGCGCUAUGACCGCCGUCUGAAUGGCGUCAAUCUUGGGUUUUUUGGUGAACAUAUUGAAACCCAGGUGUUUGCCAGUGAAACCGACCAGGCCCUUGUCCGUGAUGAACUGCGUGGUGAUGGCACGUCCGGCGUCUAUCGUCUGUCUAACCAGCGGCUGGUUGCGAACAGCGAGUCGGUGCGCAUCGUGACGCGAGAUCGGUUUGCAACCCAGAACAUUAUUGAUAGCGUCGAGCUGACCCGUUUUCUCGAUUACACCAUCGAUUUUUCCCGCGGUACGUUGAUCUUCAAACAACCCAUUUUCAGCCAGGACGAAAACUUUAAUCCCAUAUUUAUUGAAGUUGAAUAUGAAGUGGCGUUUGCAGGCGUGGACAAAAAAAUUGUCGCGGGUAGUCGGGUUGCUUACCGCCUGGAUGACCAGGACAGCGAAGUGGCCGUGACUUAUAUCAAUGAUGAUACUGAAGGGCAGGGUGGGACCCUGCUUGCCGCUGACCUCACCUGGCAGAUGAAUACGGCAUCAACCCUCACACUGGAAGUGGCACAAACAGAUACGGACCUAAACGAUGAAGGCAACGCUUAUCUGCUUCAGUUAGAACACGCUGGCAGCAAAAUGGCCGGCAGGAUUUACGCGCGUGAGCAGGAACAGGCUUUUGGUCUGGGUAACCAGUCGGCGCUGGAAGCGGGUACCCGGAAGAUUGGCCUGGAAGGUGAGUAUCGGCUGCGUGAAGAUUUGUUGCUGCGUGGCCAGAGCUUUCAGCAGACCGCUCUGGCGGAAGGUUCUAAAAGACUGGUUGUAAAUGCGCUGGGUGAGUGGCGUAAAGACGCAACAAAAUUCUCAGCCGGCGUGCAGUCAGUGACCGAGGAGGGUGCCAGUGGGGAAUCAGCGGACGCGACUCAGCUGCUGUUUGGUGUGGCGCAGAAUGUUUACAACAAUAAGCUCAUGCUGCGCGCGGAUGCGGAACUUGAUGUGUCCAGUGGUUCAGGCAAUACAGAUUAUCCGUCCAGAGCAAUAUUUGGGGCGGAGUAUGAAGUGUUCAACGAGGUCAAUCUCAUUGCAGAGCAGGAGUUAACCUGGGGUGAUGAUAGAGACACUCAGGAUACGCGUUUUGGCGUGCGUGCUCGGCCUUGGACGGGUGGCGACGUCAACUCUUUUGUAACCCGGGCACAGGGUGAAAAUGGCAACCGCCUGUUUGCCACGACAGGUCUGUUGCAGCAGUGGCGUAUCAACGAGCGCUGGCUGUAUGACAUUGGCUUUGAUCGAGUACAGACGCUGGCGGAAAGCGGUUCGACGGAUCAGCCGCGGGAUCUGUUGUUUAACCCCACCGUGCCACCGGCAUCGGGCAGUAUCGAUAAUGACUUUACGGCAUUUUUUACAGGUUUUGGCUACCGCCAUGAAGCCUGGGAUGUUUCAUCCAGGUUUGAAUGGCAUGCCGGUGAUUUAGAAGAUAAAUGGAACGUACUGGUGGGUGCUAACCACCAGCUCGCAGAAGGUCGUGUUGUAUCUGCGAGUAUGUCCUGGUUAAACGAAGAAUCUUCGACUGGCGUUGUUCAGGAUAAUCUUGACCUGCGUGUCGGAGCCGCCUGGCGCCCGUUUGACAGCGCCUGGUCAUUUCUGAAUCGAACAGAUCUGGUGUUUGAGCGGCGCGAGGGUAACGCCUUUGAUACCCGGACUCGCAAAUGGGUGAACAACUUCAACGCUAACUAUAAACCGGGCCUGAAGCAUCAGCUGGCGCUGCAAUUUGGCUUUAAAUACGUGAUUGAGAACAUCGACGCUGAUGAAUUUGAUGGCGUCACCAGUCUUGUUGGGGCGGAGUAUCGCUACGAUAUUGCGUCCCGCUGGGAUGUCUCUUUGCGUUCAUCGAUCCUGACAUCUCACCAAGCAGGCACCGCGCGAUAUUCCUAUGGCGCUGCUGUGGGUCACAGCAUUCGACCGAAUAUGUGGUUGAGCGUUGGCUACAAUGUUGAAGGUUUCGAAGAUGAUGACUUCAUAGCGGCGGAUUACACCGCCAAAGGUCCCUAUCUGAAGCUGCGUAUGAAAUUUGAUCAGGAUCUGGCGAAACGUUUCCUGGAAUUCACCGGCCUUGCACAGCGUCGCCAGGUGGAUGGGUUUGCCAACGGCCAGAUUCCCAUCAUGACAAGCUUUUCGCGCCGCGCCUUCUGGCUCCUGGCAGCUCUUCAAACCGUGCAGAUUCAUGCUGCAGAAACCUCUGCCACUCAGGCUUCUCAAAUUGAGGAGAUUUCCGUUGUGGCGUCAAGAAUCGCUGCGCCGGUGCGCACUGUGCCAAGUGCCAUCAGUGUGAUUGAGAUCGAAGAUAUUCAGCUUGGCCGAGCGCAGUUGGGGCUGGAUGAAUCGCUUGGUCGGGUUCCCGGUGUGUUUGCGCAGAAUCGUUAUAACUAUGCCCAGGAUUUGCGCAUCGCUGUACGGGGAUUUGGUGCGCGUGCCAAUUUCGGUAUUCGUGGCUUGAAAAUCUACGCUGACGGUAUCCCGUCUACCACUGCUGAUGGACAGAGUGGCAUAGACGACGUGGAUAUCGGUUCACUGCAGCGCAUGGAGAUUGUGCGCGGUCCGGCUGCGGCGUUGUACGGUUCCGCGGCAGGGGGUGUCAUAGCCUUAUAUACGGAAGAUGGCCCGGAAACGCCGUUUCUGCAAACCGCAGUGACGGUUGGUGAAGAUCAACAGCGAAAAUAUCAGCUCAAGGCCGGCGGUCAGUACGACCGGUUAAAUUAUCUUGUCAGCUUGAGUGAUCUGGAGUUUGACGGCUACCGGGACAAUGCCCGUGUGGAAUCUCGUCAAUUUAACAGCAAGUUUGUUUACAGUCUGGAUGAAGGCGAGCUGACGCUGAUCGCCAACCUGGUCGAUUCACCUCAGGCUGACGAUGCCGGGGGUAUCACUGCGGCUCAGACCGCUGCGGACCCAAGGUCUGCUCAGGCGCGUAAUCUGAGUUCCAAUGCUGGCGAAGCUCUGGACCAACAGAAGCUUGCCCUGCGCUAUACCCGUCCGCUCAGCGACAACCUCGAUUUGUCGGUGCGUAACUAUUAUGUCUGGCGAGACUUCGAAGCUUUUUUACCGAUAGGCACGCACAUUCCCUUUGUUGCGGAUGAUGGUGUUGUUGAGUUCGACCGUUUCUUUUAUGGCGGUGGGGUUCAACUGGCGGCCACCAAUACGCUGUUUGGCCUGGCCAAUACGGCAAUCUUUGGUCUUGAUGUAGACCGCCAGGAAGAUGAUCGCCAGCGAUUCCUGAAUAACGCAGGGGCUAAAGGCACGCUGACUUUUGAUCAGCUGGAAGAGGCCACCACCGUUGGUUUUUUUGUCCGUAACGAAACUGCUUUGAGUGAUCAACUCACAUUGGUGCUGGGUCUGCGCUACGACGAUAUUGAACUGACAGUUGAUGAUAAAUUUCUGGCCAACGCGGACCAGUCCAGCGAGCUGAAUUUUGAGCAGUGGAGUCCCAUGGCCGGUUUAUCCUGGACUCUGAGUGAUCAGAUGACACUCUAUGCAAACUACGCCACGUCAUUUGAGACGCCGACCUUCACCGAACUGGCGAGUCCAGCGCGCACGCUUUCGGUGAGCCUGGGCGGCUUUAACGAUGUUAACCCGCAAGAGGCAGAAAGUUUUGAGAUUGGUUUAAAAGGUGAUGGGUUUGAACAACGUCUGGCCUUUGAACUGGCGGCGUAUCAGAUCAGCGUUGAAGAUGAAAUCACCAGCGUCGAGGACAUAGGCAACCGCGCUUUUUUUGAAAAUGCAGAUACCGACCGCCAGGGCUUUGAGCUCAGCGCGGUCGCAAGUUUCAGUGAUUCGCUGCGUUUGAGCCUGGCGUACACCUAUGCGGACUACGAAUUUGAAGCUUUUGACGGCAGCCCUGAAUUUGAGGGCAAUGCCCUGCCAGGUUUACCCGAGCAUCAGGUCUUUGCAGAACUCAGUUAUCGCCACAGUAAUGGGUUUUAUGCGGUAGGGUUAGACAUGAACACUCCUGACCAGCCAGCGCCACUUCCCAAAGUGGAUAUCGAAAUCAAUCCCAGAGGCAGCAUGGAAUUGCUGUCGCAGAGGGAGAUUGAAGCGUUGACCACCGGAGCCCGCCACGACGAGAUCCAGGAUCUUUUUCGACGCUGCGCGCUGGCCGUGCUGAAUACCGGUAAUGAAACCGAUGACGCCGCAGCGAUUUUUGAUGCCUAUGCUGAUUUCAGCAUUGAGGUGGUGAAGCGAACCCGCGGUCUCCAGCUGAAGAUUGAAAAUGCACCCGCCAGCGCUCUAGUGGAAAAGCGCAUGAUCGAAGGCGUGCGACAACACCUUUUUGCCGUGCUGCGGGACGUGAUUUAUAUAGGUACUGAGAUCAGUGAUGCCCUGCAGUACGACAUGUCGACAACGGCAGGCAUAACCGAUGCGGUGUUCCAGAUUCUCAAGCAGGCAAGGGUCAUGGAAGCGGGUAUGCGCCCGAAUCUGGUGGUCUGCUGGGGCGGGCAUUCGAUUGGCCGGACUGAAUACGACUACACCAAAAAGGUGGGCUAUCACCUUGGUCUGCGACGUCUGGAUAUCUGCACCGGGUGUGGACCAGGUGCGAUGAAAGGUCCUAUGAAGGGAGCCUCUGUUGGUCAUGCCAAACAGCGGGUCAGCGGUGGACGGUUUGUCGGUCUGUCGGAGCCCGGCAUCAUAGCAGCUGAACCGCCUAAUCCGAUUGUGAAUCACCUGGUUGUACUGCCGGAUAUUGAAAAACGACUUGAAGCUUUUGUGCGCCUGGGACAUGGCAUUGUUGUUUUCCCUGGUGGUGCAGGUACCGCUGAAGAGAUUCUCUAUCUCAUGGGGAUUCUGCUGGAUCCCAGCAACGCCGAUCUGCAAUUGCCUGUGGUCUUCACUGGACCGGAUGAAAGUGCCGAUUAUUUUGCCGCGAUGGACAAGUUUCUGCGCCUUUUAUUCGGCGAUGCUGUUGAAGGAAAAUACAAAAUCAUCAUCGGCGACAGUGAAGCGGUGGGGCAGUAUAUGAGCCAUGCCAUCAGGAAUGUGCAUCGUGCCCGACGCAAGUCCGGUGAUGCCUACUACUUCAGCUGGUUGUUGAAUAUUCCUUCCGCCCAUCAGGAGCCAUUUGAUGUCACACACGAAAGUGUUGCGGCACUUAACCUGGUUCGCGAUCAGCCGAUCGAGAAGCUUGCGGUUGAAGUUCGGCGAGCGUUUUCUGCGAUUGUUACCGGCAAUGUUAAGGAGCAGGGGAUCCGUCUUAUUCAGAAGCACGGUCCUUUUGAGCUGCGUGCGGACAGCGAGCUGACCGAUGCGUUGGAUACCUUGUUGAAGAGUUUUGCGGAGCAGGGGCGGAUGCGCCUGAUUGGUGAGCUGCCGCUGUUUGAGCCGCUGACGGCACAGCUUAAUGUGGGCGACUGUGUCGAGCUGCUGGGCCCUAACGGUGCGGGUAAGACCACACUCCUGAGAACCCUUGGUGGAUUGUACAGUCAGUUUCAUGGCACCUAUGACUGCACGGAUUUCCUUUUUCAGGGACACCCGAUGGGGCUGGAUGAGCUGAUGACGCCGCUGGAAAACCUGGCCUGGUUUGCCGGGCUGGAAGGUCGCACUUUGGCCGAAGAUCUGGCCGCAGAGCUGUUACGGGAAGUGGGCAUGAUUAACUUUGCAAUGACCCCCUGUCAGCAGCUUUCUCAAGGACAGCAGCGCCGGGUGACCAUGUCAAGAUGGUUGCUCAGCAACGCAAGGCUCUGGCUGCUUGAUGAGCCUUAUACAUCACUGGAUAAAGACGGCCAGGUCCUGCUCAAUCAGCUGUUGAGUCGUCACUGUGAUAAGGGUGGUGCCGUGCUGGCCGCGACCCACCUGCCUUUGCAGGUCGUCGAUAAAGGUGAACUCGUGUUGCAGCCGGUGUCGGAUAAUACGCGCGCCUUAUAUGGCGGCGCCGUGCUCUGGCUGAUUGUACUGUUGACCAAUAUGCUGUCGCUGGACUCUCUUUUUCGCCGCGAUUUUGAUAACGGCACCCUGGAACAGAUGAUGGUGACCGCAGACGUACCGCUGCUGGCGGUGCUCGUGAAAAUUAUUGUGCAGUGGCUUGGCACAGGGUUUCUGAUCGUUCUUCUGUCGCCGCUGUUGUGCCUGUUUCUCGGUUUGCCUGCUAGCGCAAUCGCUAAAACCGCGCUGCUGUUGCUGGCCGGAACCCCGGCUCUGAGUCUGCUCGGUGCUGUGGGCGCUGCCAUGACAGUAGGAUUUGCCAGAGGGGGUGUGCUGUUAGGCCUCCUGGUGCUGCCUUUAUUCCUGCCGGUGCUGGUGUUUGGUGCCAGUGCGGUCAGUUCAGAGGUGGCCGGUAUCAGUGCUGACGCACAGUUGUACUGGUUGGCAUUUAUUAGCAUGGUUGCACUGCUGAUUGGCUUCGGCGUGUUUGCGCUGUUGUUGCUUGGGGUUGGCAUAGUCUGGGGGUUGGCCUUUGCGCCACCGGAUUAUCAGCAGGGCAACAGCUUCCGCAUCAUGUAUGUGCACGUGCCUGCGGCUAUGGUGGCGCAAAGUGUCUACAUCAGCAUGGGUGUUGCGGGGCUGGUGCUGUUCGUAUGGCGCAUGAAAGUAGCUGAUAUUGCCAUCGCUGCGUGUUUGCCAUUUGGCAUCCUGUUGACCUCCCUGGCGCUGUUCAGCGGUGGUGUCUGGGGUCGACCGACCUGGGGCACCUGGUGGGAAUGGGAUGGCCGCACCGUAUCAACCCUGGUGCUGCUGUUUUUGUACAUCGGCAUAUUUGCGCUGCGCGAAGCCAUUUUAGACUCACAGAUGCGCGCCAGAGCCAGUGCGCUGGUGGCCAUGGUGGGUACCAUUAACAUUCCUAUUAUCAAAUAUUCCGUUGAGUGGUGGAACACACUGCAUCAGCCGGCCUCUAUCACACUCACAGAAAAACCUACCAUGCCGGCAGAGAUGUGGUUGCCGCUACUGGUGAUGGUGUUAGGUAUGUAUUGUUUUGCCGGGCAUAACAUCAUUACGCGUAUGCGCCUGGAGAUCCUGCGCCGGGAAAGUGGCACUCGCUGGGUGCGUAAUCUCGUGCUUCCGGAAACGACAGUAAAAGCGGCGCUGAUGGUGGCGAUGGAAGAAAACAUCAAUAUGUUCUAUCCCCCGGAUCAGGUGGUAGACGGCACCGCGCCGCUUGAACGCACCAUUCGCGCAGGGGGCAUGGUGAAAGAUGGGUCGGUUGCUCGUGAUCCCGAGAGUCUGCAGGUUGAGUUCACCAUCACCGAUCAUAUGGGAUCCGACUUUGUGGUUGCGUUCACCGGAAUCCUGCCGGACCUGUUUCGUGAAGGGCAGGGCAUCAUUGUGCAGGGUGAGCUGGAUCAGCAGCGUAAAUUCAUGGCGCGAGAAGUGCUGGCCAAACAUGACGAAAAUUAUAUGCCGCCGGAAUUGAUGGACAUGGUUGCCGAAUCUGGCACCCAGCUGUUACGGCAGUCAACGGUGUCCAUGGUCGUUGGGCAGUUUGUUUUUGCCGCAGUGGCCUUUGCAGCCCUGGUGUACAGCUUUGCCACCGACGAUUUCUCGGUGUCCUAUGUCGCCACUCACUCAAACAGCCUGUUACCACUGCCUUAUAAAAUCAGCGCCACCUGGGGUGGGCAUGAAGGAUCCUUCCUCUUGUGGAUCCUGAUUAUGACGCUAUGGAUGCUGUUGCUGACGCUGCGUCGCGACAAUUAUCCGGUGCGCUUUUUCAGUCGCGUGUUAGGCACCAUGAGUCUGAUGAAUCUGGGUUUCCUGUGUUUCGCGCUAUUCACAUCAAAUCCUUUUGAGCGUCUGAUACCUAUGACACCUGCGGAUGGGGCAGAUCUGAACCCGCUGCUGCAGGAUUUUGGUCUGAUAGUACAUCCGCCCUUGCUGUAUGCCGGCUACGUGGGGCUGGCAGUACCGUUCUCCUUUGCUGUUGCGGCGUUGCUGGAAAGACGUGUGGAUGCAGCCUGGGCCCGCUGGUCACGGCCCUGGACAAAUUUUGCCUGGGCUUUUUUAAGUGUCGGCAUCGCCCUGGGUAGCUGGUGGGCUUACUACGAACUGGGCUGGGGUGGCUGGUGGUUCUGGGACCCUGUUGAGAAUGCCAGCUUUAUGCCCUGGCUGGCCGCAACCGCGCUGAUUCAUUCUCUUGCCGUGACAGAGAAACGUGGCACGUUCAAGAGCUGGACGCUGCUGCUGGCAAUUGCCGGAUUCUCUUUGUCACUGCUUGGUGCCUUUAUUGUUCGAUCCGGUGUAUUGACGUCUGUCCAUGCGUUUGCGGUAGAUCCGGAACGAGGUAUGUACAUCCUGAUUUUCCUUGCAUUAGUGGUUGGCGGGUCGCUGACCCUCUACGGUCUGCGUGCGGCAGGAGAGCGCGCUGAUGUGGGUUUUAAAAUUCUCAGCCGUGAAUUUUUCAUGCUGAUCAACAACGUGAUCCUGGUGGUCUCGCUUGCCGUUGUCAUGUGGGGCACCCUUGCGCCAAUCGGUUAUGAAGCUAUUUCCGGCGGCCGUAUUUCUAUUGGCGUGCCGUUCUUUAACAUGUUUUUUGUACCGUUGAUGUUGUUGCUCGGCGUGGCUGUUGCCCUCGUACCGGUGCUUAACUGGAAACGUACCCCCUGGCAAAGCCUGAAAGGGACCCUGACUGCAGCGCUGCCGGUCUCCGCUUUGCUGGGUGGUGUCUGGUGGUAUACAACAGAUCCUAAAUCUGCGGGCGUGCUGGCGGCAUUGAUUAUUGCGCUUUGGAUUGUGGCAACGCAUUUAAUUGACGUGGUGAAACGCCUGCGCACGUCACGCAGUCUACCGCUGGCCUAUGUUGGUAUGUCCAUGGCACACAUUGGUUUUGCAGUGUCGGUGCUUGGAAUUGCGAUUACCGCCACCCAGUCUGUGGAAGACGAUGUCCGCAUGGCGCCCAAUGAUGUGACGACGCUGGGUGUUGAAGAGGUUCGUUUCCUCGGUGUGCGCGAAGUUCAGGGCCCUAACUAUGUCGCGCAGCAGGGGGUCUUUGUGAUCACCAAUGGCGGCAGAACAUUUGAAUUGCGGCCGGAAAAACGCCGCUACCUGGCGGGUGGUAACAUCAUGACAGAGGCCGGCAUUGAUGCCGGCCUGUUUGCAGACACCUAUAUCUCUCUGGGUGAGCCCCUGGGUGGCGGUGCCUGGGCGGUGCGGCUGCAUUACAAACCGAUGGUUCGUUGGGUCUGGCUGGGUGCAUUGUUAUUCGCGUUGGGUGGGAUGCUGGCCGUGAUGGAUAAGCGCUAUCGCAAACUUCGAACGCGGGCGAGCUUGUUUAUACCGCUGGGCAUUUUCCUGCUGAUCAUGUCCGUUGGUUACAUCGGAUUCAGCCUGGAUAACCGCAACGAAUUACCCUCGGCGCUGUUGCAUCAGCCUUUUCCGGAGUUUUCCGCCAGCGUGCUCAACGAUCCGGAUCGACGUGUAAGCAAAGCGGAUCUGUUAGGUCGUCCAACACUGGUGAAUGUCUGGGCCACCUGGUGUCCGACCUGUAAAGCCGAGCACGCUGAGCUGAUGCGUAUUGCAGAGUUGACCGAUGUGCGUCUGGUCGGGGUUAACUACAAGGAUGUCGCGGUGAAAGCCAAACGUUGGCUGGUUGACUACGGUGAUCCCUAUGAAUUUGUCAUCGUGGAUCAGGACGGCGGUCUUGGUGUAGAGCUGGGAGUUUAUGGCGCGCCGGAGACCUUUCUGCUCAAUGCCCAGGGAGAGGUGGUUUACAAACGUGUUGGUGAAGUAAAUCAGCGUAUAUGGCGUGAUGAGCUGGCCCCACGACUGGCGCAGAUGGGGGUAUAUCAGAUGCCCGCACAGGAGACUGAAAGUUUGACCAUCGGCCUCAUAGCUGAGUUUCGCUGUCCGAAAUGCCUCAACACCAAUAUUGCAGGCAGCGAUGCGCCCAUCGCUCAGGACCUGCGGCGUACCGUGCAUCGCCUGGUGGUGCAGGAAGGAUACAGUGACCAGGAAGUGCGCGAUUUCCUGCAGGCGCGAUACGGGGACUUUGUCCUGUAUAACCCGCCAUUUAACAGCCGCACCAUGCUCAUCUGGCUGGUCCCACUCGGUCUGGCGAUUGUCGGGGCGUUGGUCUUGUUCGGCUUAUUGCGCCGCGCGCGGCAGCAAGAGGUUGUCGAUUUGGAUGAAUCCCAGCGGCAACGCGUCCGCGCCCUCUUGAAAGUCAGCCAUGAUGAGGUGGUGAAAGACGUUUACCGACAGCGUUAUGACGAACUUCCGAGUGAAACGGACGACACUCUGCUACGCGGUGAGAUUGAAAAUGAACUAGGCGCCGUUCUGCUGACUGAAUCGUUGGGUGAUGUCGAUCAGACGGAAAUUUCCACACAGAAGACGGCGCUGUCAUGGUCGCUGGCGCUGCUUGUGCCGCUGUUCGCCCUAGGCAUUUAUUUCACGGUGGCUGAGCCUGAACUGCAGAAUAUCCGUGGUGCAGAAGAAGUGCUGACUAUGGCUGCAGAUGAUGCUGCUCUGCAGGGGUGGGCGGAACGCCUGUCGGCACAUACGCAAAACUCACCAGACGACGACAAAAGUUUCUACCUGCUUGGUCAUGUUUACCUUAAACAGGGUGAAUAUGCAGAGGCUGCCGAGGCGUUUGGUAGAACCGCGCAACUCGCAGGAGACGAUCUGAAUGUGCAGGUCUACUGGCUUCAGUCGCGUUAUCUUGCAGCAGCAGGUGUGCUGGAUGAUUUCAGUCGCGAAUUGGCGCAACGCAUUCUGGAGCAGGAACCAUCGCUGGGUGUGGUGCUCGAAAUUCUGGCACUGGAUGCGUUUCGCACGGGUGACCCAGAGCAGGCCAUCACGCUGUUGAAUCGUGCGUUGACCAGCGCUAAUGAUCUGCAGCGCCAGGCCUCUUUUGCCACGGCUAUCCGUCAGGUGCGGGAGGGCAUGCAGACCUCUGAGCCAGGGGUUUCUGUUGCCGUGUCAGCCACAACCUCACCUUCACCCCGCGCCAGUGUCUUUGUUGUUGCGCGGCCAGUGGGUGGCGGCAUGCCUUAUGCCGCAGUCAAACAGCCGGCGUUCUUAUUACCUUUCGAAGUUCGGCUUGAUGAUCUUGUCAGUAUGAGUCCGGAGCGCAGGCUCAGCCAGGCAGAUCAAUUUGAGGUCCUGGUCCGAGUCAGUGAAAGCGGCAACGCAAUGCCGCAACCUGGCGAUUGGCAAUGGGUGUCCCCGGCCAUGAAUUUGGCUGACUCAGGGGCGCAAACCCUUGCGCUGCUUAUUCUCGAAAGACGCCAUCUGAUUGAAAUCGUGCCGCGUAAAGGUGCUGUGGUCAACGAGAUCAACGCCCAGGAAGCCCUGGAUCUGGUCGAUAUGCUGGCCUCUGUAGAGCACCGCUGGUUCCACAGUUUGCUGGAGACAGGCGCAGACGAGAGUCUGGCUGCGGCAGGUAAUUUACUGUCGACGAUGGAUCGCGCGGCGAAGACAGGUGGCGUGAAUGAAAUCAUUCAGGCCCGCGGCGCGUUUUAUGCCGAGUUACUGAGUCCGGCAACACGUUACAUGAAUGGCGUGUUCGAGUGCCUGCUGCCCACCAGUCAGCGUCUGAUGUGUGUUUUGAUUGAGCGCAGUGAUGUAGACCUGCAUGAUAUUGCACGCUACUACCGUGCGCUGCAUACAGCAUUGCGGGAAGGUUUUAAAUCUUUUGUCGACGCGACAACCGUUACCCUCCCCGGAAAUCGCUGCGCGGUUGUUGGGCCUAACGGAUGCGGUAAGUCGAAUAUCAUCGAUGCCGUGCGCUGGGUUAUGGGUGAGAGUUCUGCCAAGCAGUUGCGCGGCGAAAGCAUUACAGAUGUCAUCUUCAGCGGUUCCAAUACGCGCAAACCGACAGCAACCGCUUCUAUCGAGUUGUUCUUCGAUAAUUCCGACGGUCGGAUUGGUGGCGAAUAUGCCGCCUACGCGGAAAUAGCGAUACGCCGGGUGGUCACCCGGGAUGCUCAAUCCAACUAUUACCUCAACGGUAACAAAUGCCGCCGUCGUGAUAUCCAGGACGUUUUCCUUGGCACCGGUUUUGGCCCGCGCAGUUAUUCAAUCAUUGAACAGGGCAUGAUUUCUCAGCUGGUGGAAGCCAAGCCAGAGGAGUUGCGGGUUUAUCUGGAAGAAGCUGCCGGUAUUUCCAAAUACAAAGAGCGCCGUCGGGAAACAGAAAACCGGAUCAAACACACGAAGGAAAACCUCGAACGUAUCAAUGACAUACGAGAGGAACUUGCAAGACAGCUUGAUCGUCUGGAGCGCCAGGCUCAGGCUGCAGAAAAAUAUCGCGAACUACGCCAGGAAGAAUCCCUGGUGACCGCGCAGCUGUAUGUUCUGAAACACACUGCAUUACAUGCGCAGUUAGCUGAGCGCGAAACCCAUAUCAAAGAGCUUGAGCUGGAGCAGGAGAAGGCCAUCGCGUCUCAGCGGCAGCUUGAAGCCCAGAUAGAAGCCUCCCGCCAGAAUCAUGCAAAUACCAGUGAGCAGUUCAAUGCUGUUCAGGGGCAGUUCUAUCAGCUCGGGGCAGAUAUUGCCCGCAUUGAAGAAGCGAUUGCGUUUAAUCAGGCGCGGGUCAAACAGCUUGAGCUGGACCUGCAGACGGUACAGCAGCGCCAGAGUGAAACUGAUCGCCAGAUCACCAUGGACAAAGAUCAGAUCGGCGAUCUGCAGGCGCGCCUGAACGAGCUGCUGCCUCUGGUCAGCGCUCUGGCUGAGCAGGACGCCGACUUACAGCAGUCGCUCCGUGAUGCAGAAGGUAAUAUGGGUGACUGGCAGCAGCGCUGGGACCAGUUUAACAGCCAGGCUUCACGUAAUGAUCAGGAAGCCGAAGUGCAGGCCUCGCGUAUUGAGCAUCUGGAACAGCUGUUACAGCGCCUGCGCGGUCGGCAGGAUGAAUUGUCCCUGCAGCAGGAAGCACAGCAGGAUCAUCCCGGCGGCGAAGUUGUGCAUCAACUUGCGCAAGAGAUAUCUGGUCUGGAAACCCAAUCCCGCGAUUUGAAUAUAAAAAUUGAUGAAUGCCUGAAAGCUCUGGGCCAGACCCGCGAAGAGGCGUUGCUGCGGGAGCGCGAAGUGGAGGCGGCUCGGGCUGCGGUACAGGAAAUGCGCCACGAGUUGGCCAGCCUGCAGGCGAUUCAGGAUGCUGCCCUGGGUCAGACUGUGCAGGAGGCAGAAGCCUGGAUUGCACAGCACAACUUAACCGCAACGCCACGUCUGGGAGAAACCCUCGCCGUGGUCCCUGGUUGGGAGCGGGCAGUUGAGACGGUGCUUGGGCACUUCCUCAGUGCUCUGCAAGUUGAUAAUCUUGAUGACUUUGCUGCGUCUCUGGCGGAAUUGUCCGAAGGCGAUCUGGCUCUGGUUGAGCUGAACAAACAAAGCCAGCCUGCAGCCGAAAAUACUGAACUGGCGCUCCCCAGUCUGCACUCUCUGGUGCGAGCAGACGCGGUCAGCGCGGUUUCACUUCUGCAUGGCAUUUAUGCGGCGCAGUCCGCUUCGGUUGCCCUGUCCAAACGCCAUCUGCUCCAGCCUGGGCAGAGUAUCAUCACCCGUGAAGGAUUCUGGAUCGGUGCGGAUUGGAUGCGGGUACUGCACGAUCAUGAUCAGGAAGCUGGCAUUAUCGAACGCGGACAACAGCUUGAAACCCUGAACGUACAGGUUGAAGAAGCUGAGCAGCAUCUUGCUGAACUGCAACAACACGUCAGUGCCGGCCGCGAGGCGGUUGAGCGUAUCGAAAUGCAGCGCGAAGAGUUGCAGCGUACAUUGAACCAGCUGAAUCAGAGCCUCGGCCAGCGUCGUACUGACCACGGUGUCACACGUGUGAAGCUGGAAGAAGCUGGCGCUCGUCGUGAACGCCUGAUGAAAGAUGCUGCGGAUAUCAGUGAACAGCUUGAGGCGGAAACUUCGAGCUUGAACACCGCGCGCGAGCGCUUGCGUGAAGCUGAACUGCUUCGCGAAGGCCAGGCCGAAAUGCGGCAGCAACUGCAAGCUGAGCGUGAACAGGCGGAUGCAGAUCUGCUCGCUGCGCGAGAACAGGCACGCCUUAAAAGAGAUGAAUUUUACGCGCUGAAUGUCGAAAAAGAAGGCCUUCAGUCGCGGCUGUCCGCCAGCGAAACAGCGCGCCAGCGCCUGGAAAAACAGCAACAGGAGUUGGCCCAACAACAGGAGCAGCUAACUUCGGGUAUCGCCACCAGCCAGACACCGCUGCCGGAUCUGCAGCGGGAACUGGCGGAAAAACUCGAUGCCAGGGUAUCAAUCGAAAAUGAACUUGCCACGAUACGUGCUCAGCUGGAACAGGCUGAGCAACUGACUCGAACCCUCGAUGGACAGCGCCAGGCACAGGAGCAGACCGUAGAAAAAAUGCGUGGCGGCCUGGAACAGGCGCGGGUUGAACGUCAGGGUCUGGCUGUGCAGGAAAAUAAUCUGCUUGAGCAACUGGGCAGCACUGGCCAUAGCUUAGAGCAGGUACGUACUGAAAUGCCCGAAGAGGCAGAAGAAAACGUGUGGAGUGAUCAGCUUGAUCGUUUGGGUCGGCGUAUUGCCAGACUCGGUGCUAUCAACCUGGCUGCGAUAGAAGAAUACGAACAGGAAUCUGAACGUAAGUUAUACCUUGAUUCGCAAGCGGAAGAUCUGGACUCGGCAAUGGAAACAUUGCUGGAAGCCAUCCGCAAAAUAGACCGGGAAACCCGGACACGUUUCAAGGACACAUUUGAAGCGGUAAACAGCCGUCUGGGUGAGCUGUUUCCGAAAGUUUUUGGCGGAGGACACGCCUAUUUAGAACUGACCGGGGAGGACCUUCUCGAUACCGGUGUCUCGCUUAUGGCAAGACCACCUGGUAAACGCAAUGCCAGCGUACAUCUGCUCUCUGGAGGCGAAAAAGCUAUGACGGCGGUCGCUCUGAUCUUCGCCAUUUUCCACCUGAACCCGAGCCCGGUUUGCCUGCUCGAUGAGGUGGAUGCUCCUCUGGACGACGCAAAUGUCUCGCGCUUUGCAGCACUCAUUAAAGAAAUGUCAGCUGAUGUGCAAUUCCUCGUAAUUACACAUAACAAAAUUACGAUGGAAAUGGCUGACUACUUGAUGGGUGUCACGAUGCAGGAACCAGGUGUUUCGCGCCUGGUUUCGGUAGACGUGGACGAGGAGCCCAGAUUGGACAUUAAAGAUUUUAUCCUCAUAGGUGGCGGUUUACUGAUUGCCAUGGUUGUCGGGCAUGGCUUUUGGAUUGCCUGGCGAGCCAAACGCGAACCCCUGCGUUUAGAUAUUGUGCCGGACCUGAUCCCGGACAGCGUCGAUGAGAUAGAGCGCCUGCGAGGGGAGUUGCCCAACGGCGGGGCGCGCAUAGUACCGCGCAGGCCCAUGGCGGAAGAGCAGGUGAACCUGCCGCUGGAAUUUGAAGAAACACCGCCUUUGUUGAUUACCCCGACGGCUGAGAAAUCGGCAGCGCCGAAACCAGUUGUGGCAGCUAACGAACCUAUUGAGGAUUCAGAACCUCAGGUCAACAGAAGCAGACCCAGAGUUCAUCAGGCACCACCGCGGGUCUCUCGCGAGGCAUCCAGGCCAGUGGAGCCGGAAUUGAGCACUACCCGCCACAGUGGAUCUGAGCGGCAGGAAAUAACCGCGAGCGAGGCGCCGGUCAAACCCCAUGUGCGCGAAGUGUCUCUGCAUACGGAGGAGCGGCAGCGGUCGAGAAAGCGUUCUGAAAGUGCAACCACGUCAGCGUCCUCUGCGGAGCUUGGCGCGGUCGAAGAAUUGCUGAUCGUGAAUGUGCUCGCGCCGCGUGGUGAAAGUUUUGAUGGUGAGCGGCUGGUUAACGCCUUGCGAAAUCAGGGGCUGCGCUACGGCGAUAUGAAUAUUUUCCAUCGCGUUGAUGCGGCGACAAAAGCCAAGCUUUAUGGUGUUGCCAAUGCGGUUGAGCCGGGUACAUUUGAUCUUUCUGAUCUGGACGAGCUGCACUCUCCGGGCAUGACGUUUUUCCUUCAGCUGCCAGGUCCAUUGGACGCCACCGACAUGUUUGACGAUAUGUUGGCAACAGCCCGUAGCAUUGCUGUUGAGCUGGGUGCUGAGUUGCGUUAUCUAAACGGGCCUGAGAUGGCGGCGUCGAAAAAGGAGGUCAAAGCGCGAUUGCAACAAUUGCGCGAUGAACUUAACCAUCAUAUUCAUCGCUAUCAUGUGCUUGAUGAGCCUGAAAUCUCAGAUGGCCAGUAUGAUGCCCUGUACGACGAACUAGUAGCCCUUGAAACGGCCCAUCCAGAAUGGGUCACUGACGAUUCUCCCAGCCAGCGCGUGGGCGGGGUCCCUCUGUCCGAAUUCAAUCAGGUGCGUCACGACGUUCCCAUGCUGUCGUUGGAAAAAUGUACAACGGCAGAAGAGUUGGGUGAGUGGAUACAGCGCUGCAAGGGCUUACUGGAUCAGCCUUCAGAGUUGCGCUUCAGCUGCGAACCUAAGAUUGACGGUGUAGCGGUGGCUCUGAACUAUGAACGCGGUGCUCUGGUGCUCGCAGCGACGCGGGGUGACGGAGAGACUGGCGAAGACAUCACCGCAAACGUACGCACUAUAAAAUCGAUUCCGCUGCGGCUGAGUGCUGCGGACGUGCCGGACCGGCUCCAGGUCCGUGGUGAAAUCUAUAUACCCCAGGCUGAUUUUGAGGCGUACAACAAAAAAGCGGUAGCUCAGGGGGUGAAGCCAAUGAUCAAUCCGCGCAACGGUGCAGCGGGCAGUCUGCGUCAGCUUGAUUCAAAAAUUACCGCGGAGCGCCCCCUGACGAUGUUCUGUUACAGCAUGGGUGCAACCGAUGGGGGGUGGCAGCCUGAAACCCACAAAGAGGUCAUUGAUACCUUCAGCCGCUGGGGGCUUCGUACCAAUCCGUUGGUGCGGGUUGUCGCAGACCUCGAGGGCGCAUUGCAGUACAUCAAUGAAAUCCAGGAAUUGCGGCACACCCUGGGAUAUGACAUCGACGGCGUGGUCAUUAAAGUAAACGCUCUGGCGAUGCAGGUAGAGUUAGGUACGGUCACGCGUAAACCGCGGUGGGCGAUUGCUUAUAAGUACCCCGCUGAAGAAGCUGUAUCGAGGGUUGAGAAAGUUGAAUUCCAGGUGGGUCGAACCGGCUCGAUCACUCCAGUGGCGCGCCUGCAGCCGGUGUUUGUUGGCGGCGUGACCGUCUCUAAUGCAACAUUGCAUAACAUGGAUGAAAUCAGACGGCUGGACCUGCAUACGGGCGACUGGGUCAUGAUUCGGCGUGCCGGUGAUGUCAUCCCCCAGGUAGUUUCUGUCAUCCUCAGCCGCAGACCCGACGAUGCUGCCGCCAUCAGCCUGCCUGAGCGCUGCCCGGCGUGUGAUAGCCCUAUUAUCCGAAGUGACGAGGAAGCCGUAGCACGCUGUAGCGCGUCGCCACAGGUAUGUCCGGCUCAGCGGAAAGAAGGCAUCAAACAUUUUGCUUCGCGGCUGGCACUGGAUAUUGAUGGCUUGGGUGACAAGCUUGUUGAGCAGAUGGUUGACCAGGGCCUUAUUCAAACCUCCGCGGAUUUGUUUGCUCUGAGCGCCGAUGACAUUGCGUCCCUGGAAAGAAUGGGACAAAAAUCUGCGGCCAAUCUGGUUGCGGCUAUAGAGGCAAGCAAAGAGACAACUCUGGCCAAAUUUAUUUACGCCUUAGGUAUUCGCGAUGUAGGCGAGGCCACGGCAGCAGCCCUGGCGCAGCAUUUUGCGGAACUCGACGCCCUGAUCCAGGCAGAUCCGGUCGAACUGGAGAAGGUUGAAGACGUCGGCCCGAUUGUUGCGCGUCGCAUUGUCGACUUUUUUGCAGAUAGCGAAAACCGGAACAUCGUGACCAAGCUGGUAGCGGCGGGGGUGCGAUGGCCCUCCAUUGAAAAACUGGCCAACAGCGACCUGCUGCAGGGGCAGACAUGGGUACUGACGGGCACACUCACUUCGAUGCCUCGUAAUGAUGCUAAAGCCAUUCUGGUGGCACUGGGCGCCAAAGUAGCGGGUUCUGUGUCUGCCAAAACCCAUCAGGUGGUUGCCGGACCGGGCGCAGGCAGCAAACUGGAAAAAGCUCAGAAUUUAAAUGUGCCGGUUAUGGAUGAAGCGGAGUUUUUGCAGUAUCUUCAACAACAUGGCCCUAAUCAGGUCUGCGAUAUUUUUGAUGAAAAGGGCAGUUGGUACAAAGCGGCGCGAAAGGCCAAGAAGCGCUGGGGAAUGCCCGUUAAUGUGGGUAUGGCUUUUGUUCACCGCGAAUCAUCUUAUGUAGCGGAUGCCAAGCCGCCACGCAAACGCCUGCUGGGUCUGGUGCCCUGGCGGCGUCUGUCGUCAGCCUACGGCUAUGCUCAGGCCACGGAUGAAGCGUGGCGCGAUUAUCUGGACGAUACUAACCGCUGGUUUGUAGAUCGGGACAACUUCCAUGACGCUAUGGACUUCAUUGGCUGGUACAACCAUCGUUCACACAAACAGCUUGGGAUAGCCAAGAAUGACCCCUAUCGUUUGUAUCUGGCGUAUUACACCGGUCCCACUGGAUAUCGAAAGGGUGUGUGGAAAAAUUCUUCGACGAUCCAGGGCUAUGCGCAGAAAGUCACAACCCAGGCCAACCGUUAUGCCCAGCAGCUGCAGCAGUGUGGUCGCAGCGUCUAG